AUGGUAUCAUCAAAACCAGGUAGCUGCUUUGGUCUCUCUCAUCAUCACUCAGGAGUCAGUAGUAUUGAGAAACUCAUCACCGAUGAUUCAGUGAUCGAAGUCCCCCAAAACUAUGUUAUCUCAGAUCAGGAGUCUCCGGUCUCUGAUGGGACUAUCCUUGCCACAAUCCCCACCAUUGACAUGAGACAGUUGGUCCUAAUCAAUCAGUCUGAAAACAAAGAUGAACUGGAUAAGUUGCACUCAACAUGCAAAGAAUGGGGAAUUUUUCAGUUGGUUAACCAUGGAGUUAGCUCUGCACUACUGGACAAAGUGAAGCAAGAAUUAGAGGAUUUUUUCAAGCUUCCCUUGGAAGAGAAAAUGAGAUACAAAGUAAGGCCAGGUGAUGUUGAAGGCUAUGGAACUGUUGUCAAAUCGCAAGAUCAAAAACUCGACUGGGGUAACAGGUUCUUCAUGUUUACCAACCCGAGAAGGAAACCCCAUCUUUUCCCGGAGCUGCCUACAUCCCUGAGGAAUACCUUGGAGACAUACAUGUUGGAAUUACAAAGGAUUGCCCGAACCCUUUUAGGGUUCAUGGGAAAACUUCUACAGAUGAAGAUGGAUGAGAUCGAAGAGUUGUUUGAAGAUGGUCUGCAGUCACUGAGGAUGACUCACUAUCCUCCAUGCCCAAAACCAGAGCUAGUUGUUGGCCUCAGGCCUCAUUCUGAUGGUAGUGGCAUCACUAUUCUCCACCAGGUUGAUGGAGUUCAAGGCCUUCAAAUUAAAAAAGAUGGGGCUUGGUCCCCUGUGAUCUUUGACCAUGGUGCCUUUGUUGUCAAUGUUGGAGACAUUCUACAGAUUCUAAGUGAUGGGCUUUAUAAAAGUAUCGAGCACAGAGUGACUGUGAACUCAGAGAAAGAAAGGAUUUCAAUUGCUAUGUUCUUCAUGCCCAAACUUGAGGCAGAAAUUGGACCUGUGACCACCCUGAGAGAUCCUCAGAAGCCACCAUCUUUUGGGAAAAUAGGAAUGGAAAAAUUUGUCGAGAAGUACUUUGCUCAUAACCUAAAUGGAAAAACACCCUUGGAGCGAAUGAAAACAGAAGACAGUGAAGAGAAAACUACUGCAUGA